CACUUUAAAUUUGACAGACACGUGCUAGGCAAUAUUUUAGUACAAUAAUUUUUGGUCGGGUUAUAUCAACCCUGUCAACUACAUCUAACUUCGCUUCGUACAUUUCUUUCUUUUUCUUUCUUCCGGCCAAAGAAGACUGUAUCAAAAUGACCAAGAAACGCCGUAAUGGAGGACGUUGCAAGCACAACAGAGGACACGUUAAGGCUGUCCGUUGCACCAACUGUGCCAGAUGCGUUCCUAAGGAUAAGGCCAUCAAGAAGUUUGUAAUCCGUAACAUUGUUGAAGCUGCUGCUGUCCGUGAUAUCUCUGAAGCUUCCAUUUGGGAUUCUUACAUUCUUCCCAAAUUAUACGCCAAGUUGCACUACUGUGUAUCUUGCGCUAUCCACUCUAAGGUCGUAAGAAACAGAUCAAAGGAGGCCCGUCGUAUUCGUACUCCUCCAGUCAGAACUUUCCCCAAGGAUAUGCAACGCAACCAAGCCAGAAAGUAAAUGUUCUGUAUAAGCAUAUUAUAAGAAAUAAAUGCUAAAAAAAAGUUAAAGAAAAA